CUGUUGUUAUUACUAAAGCAUUUCUUUGGCUUCAGGUCUCACAUACUGCAGGCUGGCUUUGGACUUGGUAUGAAAAUAAAUCAAGCCUUAUACUUCUUAAUCUGCCUGUUUUUACUCUUCAAGAAUUGUGACUAUAUGUGUGUGCCUCCAUUCCUAGUUAUUAGAUGUGAAAAUUGAGCAUAGAAUCCUACAGGACUCGCCUAAAUGAAUGGCAUUAUUAGUAAGCUGCAGGGAUGGGGUCCACACUACUCGUGUAGCCUACGGGUUCUCACUACUCAGUUAUACUUUCCUCUUAAGUGACCAGCCCCUAUCUGCAUUUAAAGGAGAUUAAAACCCUAAUUUGAAACAGCUGGUUUCUUGCCCUGGGUGUUUCUUUCCUUCUCUGAAGUCUUUCCAAAGCAUUGUUUUGGCUUUUAGAAUUUUUUAUCUGUUUUUUGGAGACAAGGGUCUUGUUCUGCAGCCCAGAUGGCCCAGCUCAUUCCCUCACUUACUGGGCUCACAGGCGUGAUCCACCCACUGUGCCAAGCUGUAUAGACCUUUAUGAUAAAUAAGUCUGUAUUUUGAAAAUCUGCACAAGCAAGGCAUGGUGGCACAUACCUACAGUUCCAGCAUUUGAGAGGCAGGGUGGGCAGAUCAAGUAAAUUCAAGGCCAGCAGGGCCUACUUAUCAUGUUCUUGGACAGCCUGGGAUUAUUAGACCGAGUCUCAAUAAACAAACAAACAAGUGUCUACACAACGAGCCAUCUCUUUCUUUCUUUUAAGUGGGAAGUUGCAUUUCCAAGCCAGAUCUGAUCAUCUUACUAGAGCAGGAGAAAGAGCCCUGGAUGGCUGUGAAGGAAGAAACAGACAGGCUGAGCCCAGAUUUGGAGUCAUGUUAUGAAACUGAAAAUAUGUCUCCAGAAAAUCAAAUUUAUGAUAUUAAUUUAUUCAAACAGAGAAUAAAGCAAUUCAGUAAAACUUUUGACCUCAAGGUUUGCAGUUUUACUAGUGGCCUCAAGUAUAUUGCAUCUAAGAGACCACAGAAUUCUCAAGAAGGAGAUGCUGAUCAAAAGGUUACUAAUAAGGAAGAAAUGCUUCCUUACACCCGCCAGACUCUUGCUCACAAUACAGAAAAGCCAUAUGAAUGUAAAGAGUGUGGGAAGUGCUUUGGUUGUAGUUCAAAUCUUACUCAACAUCAGAGUAUUCAUACUGGAGAGAAGCCCUAUGAGUGUCAGGAGUGUGGGAAGGCCUUCAGACUCCCCCAACAGCUCACAAGACAUCAGAAGUCUCACAGUGGUGAGAAACCUUUCAAGUGUAAUGAGUGUGGGAAGGCUUUUCAUCUUCCUGACCUGCUCAAGUACCAUAAAACCAUUCAUACAGGUGAGAAACCUUUUGAAUGUGAAGAAUGUGGGAAGACCUUCAAGCGAGUCUCCCACCUUGUUGAACAUAGGACUAUUCAUGCUGGUGUGAAGCCCUAUGAAUGUAGUGAGUGUGGGAAAGCCUUUAAACGCCGUUCAUACCUUAUGCAACAUCAGAAAAUUCAUUCUAGUGAGAGACCCUUUCAGUGUAAGGACUGUGGGAAGGCCUUCUUCGUUCUGGCACAGCUCACUCGGCACCAGAACAUUCACACUGAAGACAAAUCAUUUGAAUGUAAGCAAUGUAGGAAGAUAUUCAGCUGUGCCUCAUUCCUCUUGCGGCACCAGAGUAUUCAUACCAGUGAGAAACCCUUUGAAUGUAACGUAUGUGGGAAGGCUUUUAGGCUUCAGGCGUACCUUUCCGAGCAUCAGAAAACUCAUACUGAUGAGAGACCUUUUGAGUGUAAGCUGUGUGGGUCAGCCUUUAGACGUAAGGACCAACUUAAUGAACAUCAAAAAACUCAUACUGAUGUGAAACCCUAUCAGUGCAAGGAAUGUGGGAAAUUAUUUCGCCGAAAAUCAAGCUUUACUGAGCAUCAGAGUAUUCACAGUGAAAAGAAGCCCUUCAACUGUAAGGAAUGUGGGAAGGUCUUUAGACUAAAUAUACAUCUCAUGCGACAUCAGAAGUCUCACAGUGGUGAGAGACCUUUUGAAUGCAAAGAAUGUGGGAAGGCUUUCCAUCUUCCCAGCCAGCUUAAUUACCAUAAAACUGUUCAUACAAAUCAAAAACCAUUUGUUUGUGAAGAAUGUGGGAAAUACUUCAAGCAUAUCUCUAGCCUUGUUAAACAUAGGAUUAUCCAUGCUGGUGUGAAACCAUACAAAUGUAAUGACUGUGGAAAAGCUUUUAAUCAUCGCUCAAACCUCAAACAACAUGAGAAAAUUCAUUCUGGUGAGAGACCCUUUCAGUGUAAGGACUGUGGGAAGGCCUUCACUGUUCUGGCACAGCUCACACGCCACCAGAGCAUUCACACUGGAGAGAAAUCAUUUGAAUGUGAACAGUGUGGGUCCACUUUCCGACUUAAGUCCCAACUCAAUCAACAUCAGAGAAUUCAUACUGAUGUGAAACCCUAUCAGUGUGAGGAAUGCGGAAAGGGCUUUGUUCGUGGUACAGCCCUUAGGAUUCAUCAGAGAAUCCACACUGGUGAGAAACCAUUUCAAUGUAACAAAUGUGGGGAAGCCUUUCAAUAUCAGUACCAGUUUCUGGGACAUUUUAGAACUCAUACUGGCAGGAAUCCUUCUGAAUGUAAAGAAUUGUGGCGGAGACCUUAAAGUAGAUCAAAGAAUUCACACUGAGAGAAAUGCACCAAAGAACUCGUGAUAGUCUGAGGACUUGGGCCAAGUGGCAGAGCCUUGUGGUUUCUUCUGGAUAGAACUGCCAUCCAAGUGGAUCGAGCUACCGCUGCUGAUUGAUGUGAACUGAACUGCUGAUAUCCUGACAAUGAAAAUUGUAAUUGCCCAAAGAACUAUUUCUAAACAGGUCUACAUCUGCCUUUGCCCUAUUAACCUUUUCUUUUCACUAUCUUUGGUGGCUGGUGAACUAGAAGGAAGAUUAAAGUGUUUUAAAACCCUAUUAAAUAGGUUUUGAAAACUCCAAGCUUACAGAAUUCACAGUGGUAUGAAACCCUAUCAGUGUAAAGAAUGUGAAAAGACCUUUGAUUGGAGCUCAGGCCUUCUUCAACCUAAGGCCUUUAGGAAUUUAUGCUGGUGUGAAACCCUAUGAAUGCAAUGAAUGUGUGAAUACUUUUAGAAUUAGCCAAGUUCUUAUACCUUUUCAGAGAGUCCACAUAGAUAUGAAACCUUAUGAAUGUGGAGACUGUGAGAAAGCCUUUACUGUAAGUAGGUUACAGAAUACCUGAAAGUCCAUGAUCAUCAGGGGUCCUAUGUAUGUAAAGAAGAUAGAUAAGCAUUUGUCUGGAAUUAUUACUGAAUAUCAGAGAACUCAUUGGCGAGACUACAAUUGAAAUGAAAAUGAGAAGAACCUUAAUCUGCCCUAGGAUUUGGUCAAUAAGAGUAUUCAUAAACUCUUGAUGUCAAGAAACCCGUAGAGAAUGAGAAUGUGGGAAGGUGUUGUUCAGAGGAGGUACCCUGUUGAGAAAGUCUUCAAAUGAGAGAAAUAAUAGGGUGGCCAUCGUGUUCUUGAUAUAUUCUCAUCUUUUUAAUUCUAUAAACAAAAUUCACCAAACACUACUUAGCCAUGAUGGUCAACUUAGAGCAAUUAUUAGAAUUAGAUUUACCUAAAGUGCCUUUCUUGUCUCCCAAUUAACAUCCCAUAGCUCAUGUUUGUUUCCUUUCUUUUUGAAUAAUUUGUUGAUAGUCAGCACAAUACCAACCACAAUACCAGCACAAUUCCCAACCUGUGUGGGAACAGGGUUAUAUUAUAUAAUAAAACAUUUCAGAGAGUA